CUCAACGGGCCAAUCAAGGAGGAGGUGUACGUGGAGCAACCCCCUGGCUUUGAGGAUGAACGAAUCGAGCAACGGAGGAACCCGACGCUCAGGGGACAGCCAACCGCCGUGGUGCAGUACAACGGCUGGAAAGGCGGUGGCUUGAUUGCCAUCAGCUACGAGGCUCGUGGAUUUGGUGUGAAGAGGUCCAUGCGCGGAGAUGAGGCCAAGAGGGUCUGUUCUGGUAUUAAUCUUGUUCAGGUCCCAGUGGCACGUGGCAAGGCUGACCUUAAUCUUUACAGAAGUGCUGGUGCUGAGGUUGUUGCAAUCCUUGCAAGCAAAGGGAAGUGCGAGCGGGCAUCCAUCGACGAAGUUUAUCUUGACCUUACUGAUGCAGCAAAGGAAAUGCUCUUACAAGCUCCCCCAGAUUCACCAGAGGGGAUUUUUAUGGAGGCAGCAAAGUCAAAUAUCUUGGGCCUUCCGGCUGAUGCCAGCGAGAAGGAAAAGAAUGUGAGGGCAUGGCUUUGUCAAUCAGAAGCUGAUUACCAGGACAAGUUACUGCCAUGUGGAGCUAUAAUUGUUGCACAGUUACGAGUCAGAGUUCUAGAGGAAACCCAAUUCACAUGCUCUGCUGGGAUUGCUCACAAUAAGAUGUUAGCUAAACUUGUCAGUGGAAUGCACAAGCCUGCUCAGCAAACAGUUGUCCCUUCUUCAUCAGUUCAAGACUUACUAGCAUCACUACCUGUGAAAAAGAUGAAACAACUUGGUGGUAAGCUUGGAAGUUCCUUGCAGGAUGAUCUUGGGGUUGAGACUAUUGGUGAUCUCCUAAGUUUUACAGAGGAAAAAUUACAAGAGCAGUAUGGAGUAAAUACUGGGUAUUGGUUAUGGAAGACUGCCAGGGGCAUUAGCGGGGAAGAAGUUGAGGACCGUCUUCUCCCAAAGAGUCACGGGUGUGGAAAGACAUUUCCUGGCCCAAGAGCACUGAAGUACAGUGCUUCUGUAUCUUUAUUGUUCUCUUGCAGCCACGGGAUGGUGGCGGCCUUCGCGCGGGCAGCGUGGCUCAAGGAGUACCACGAGAAGGUUAGCAUGACGCUGAACAUUUUGGCCGACCUUUCACCUCUUUUCACGUGGAACACAAAACAGGUGUUUGUUUUUGUGGCAGCAGAGUGUGAGACUCCACAGGAUGCUUUUAUUCAACCUCCAACAAUUGUCCAUAAAAGCAUGAGUUUUCUGCUUGGGACUAUAGUGCAAUCUCAUGAAAUUGCCACUUGCUUGAGGGUUGUAGUAAUGAUGCCAUAUAGCUUUUCUCUUGGUCUUCAACUUACAUUGAGAGUUGUUGCAGAUGCAUAUAGUGGUUUUGGAAAGUGA